UUAACAUUAUGCAAUUACACGCGCUUUACUUCGAGCGCUCCUCUCUGUUGACUACACCCUUAUCUUCCAAUCCCUCUCUUCCUCUCUUGGGUUUCCAAAUCCGAACGGUUUUUGGUCGCCUACCACCCACACGACUCAGAUCCACAGGUUCAUGGGCUUUUAUCUUCGUCAACCCGCCAUUAAUUCCAUCACCUCAACGAUUGUUUGCCGGUUCCAAUGAGAAUUCCGUUCUUUUUAUCGAUUUUCUUGAUACCCAUAUGCUCAAUUUUGCCCGGCUUCUCGAUCUUUCUGGUCUCUGGCCAAUGUUUGAACCAUCAGAAAGACUUGUUGCUCAAAUUGAACAACAGCCUCGAAUUCGAUUUAGCUUCUUCCACAAAACUGAGACACUGGAAUCAGAGUUCCGAUUGCUGUCAGUGGCGAGGCGUAAAUUGCAGCAGCGAGGGACGUGUUACCGGACUCGACCUGAGCAGUGAAUCCAUCUCGGGAGGACUUCACAAUUCGAGCAGCCUCUUCAGUCUUCAGUACCUCCAGAACCUAAGUUUGGCAUAUAACAAAUUCAACUAUUCCCAGUUUCCGUCAGGGUUUGACAAAUUGACGAAUUUGAGUCAUUUGAACCUAUCAAAUGCUGGCUUUGCAGGUCAGAUUCCGAUUGAGCUUUCGCGUUUGAGAAGUUUGGUUAUUCUUGAUUUAUCUACCCUUUACUUCCCUGAAAUUCCUCCCCUAAAACUUGAGAAUCCAAAUUUGGAGAUACUGGUUCAGAACUUUACGGAACUUAUAGAACUUUAUCUUGAUGGUGUAAACAUAUCAGAACAAGGGAGCGAGUGGUGUGGGGCUUUAUCAUCAUCACUGACCAAUUUGAGGGUAUUGAGCUUGUCAAAUUGCAAUCUUUUAGGCCCUUUGAAUCCCUCCUUAUUAAAGCUUCAGUCCCUCUCAAGUAUUCGUCUGGAUAAUAACGACUUGUCUGCGUUAGUGCCGGAGUUCUUCGCAAAUUUCACAAAUUUGACGUCCUUGCGUCUCAGUUCUAGUGGGUUGUUUGACAUAUUUCCGGAAAAGAUCUUCCAGGUGCCUACACUAGAGGUUCUUGACUUGUCUAAUAAUGCACGACUUGGUGGUUCCUUGCCAGAUUUUCCUCAGAAUGGGUACCUUCGAACCCUGGUACUUAGCCACACAAAUUUCUCGGGAAAAUUGCCGCACUCUAUCGGUAACCUUAACAUGUUGUCUAGAAUGGAUUUUUCAAGUUGCAAUUUCAGCGGAUCAAUUCCAACUACAAUGGCUAAUCUUACCCAAUUGCUUUAUCUGGACAUGUCAUUCAACAAUUUUACUGGACCAAUUCCAUCGUUCAGCAAGGCCAAGAAUCUGACUCAAAUAAACCUUUCUCAUAACGAUUUAACCGGUCAGAUUACAUCUACUCACUGGGAAGAGCUGAAGAAUCUGGUAAACCUUGACUUGCGUGACAAUUCUCUGAAUGGGAGUAUUCCAGUUUCUCUGUUUUCCCAUUUAUCAUUGCGGUAUCUGCAACUUUCCAACAACCAAUUUUCUGGUGAGCUCACCAACAUUUCUUCUAAUGUAUUGGAAUACCUUGAUUUGAGCAGCAACAAUUUGGAAGGGGCAAUCCCUGUGUCUGUCUUUAAUUUUCGAGGUCUUAAGAUCCUCUCGCUUUCUUCAAAUAAUCUUACCGGCUCAGUCCAGCUAAAUAUGAUACACCAGUUGACAAACCUUUCGAGUCUUGAUCUUUCCUACAACAGCUUGUCAAUUGAAUAUGAUAGAAUCGGUUCUCCGUCCCUCUCCUUUCCCAACAUUACCACGUUAAAAUUGGCUUCCAGCAAGUUGAAAAUAUUUCCUGAUUUUUUGAGAACCCAAUCCAAAUUAACAACUCUAGACCUUUCAUAUAACGGGAUUGGUGGAGAGAUACCCAACUGGAUAUGGAAACUGCCUGUUCUUCUACAGUUAAAUCUUUCCUUUAACAAUUUGGUGGCUCUAGAAGGAUCUUCACUCACUGUCUCUUCUCUGAGUAUCCUGGACAUUCGUUCCAACCGACUCCAAGGGCAACUCCCAGUUCUCCCACCAUCUGCCACGUAUUUGGAUUUCUCAAGGAAUAAUUUCAGCUCUAUCAUACCCUUGGACAUUGGUGAUUUCCUUUCUAACGCUUAUUUCUUCUCUCUUUCAAGCAAUAAAUUCAAUGGGAGCAUACCUGUAUCAAUUUGCAAUGCAGCAUACCUCCAAGUUCUAGAUCUGUCUAAUAAUUCCUUCAGUGGCAUGAUUCCGGAAUGUUUGCUUCGGAUGAGUACAACUCUUGGGGUGCUAAAUCUAGGGAGAAACAAUCUCCAUGGCACAAUUUCAGAUACAUUACAAGACAAUUGUGGUUUGCAAACUUUAGAUCUCAAUGGAAACCAACUUGUAGGGCAGAUACCUAAAUCUUUGGCGAAUUGCACAAGGUUGGAGGUCUUUAAUAUCGGUAACAACCACAUUAAGGAUAUCUUCCCAUGUCACUUGAAGAAUGCAUCCAUAUUGCGUGUCCUUGUUUUGCGCUCUAACUACUUUAGCGGGUCCCUUGGUUGUUCCGGUCCCGGGAAAAAUGCCCCUUGGCCACUGCUUCAAAUUUUGGAUGUAGCUUUGAACAAUUUCACUGGUAAGCUUCCAAUAAUAUGCUUUUAUACCUGGAAGGCUAUGUUGAAAAGGGAAGAUGAUGCCAAAUCAGAGCUCAAUCACCUUCAAUUUAGAGUCCUGGGAUUUGGAAGCUUUUAUUAUCAAGAUGUGAUCACAGUUACCGUUAAAGGUCGAAACUUGGAAUUUGUGAAGAUUCUAACUCUUUUUACCUCGAUUGACGUUUCCUGCAACAACCUGGAUGGGCCAAUACCAGAAGCAUUUGGUGGACUCUCAGCACUAUACAUUCUAAACUUGUCGCAUAAUGCUCUUUCGGGACAAAUCCCAAAAUCUCUGGCAAACUUGACACAGUUGGAGUCGUUGGAUUUUUCAAGCAAUAAACUUACAGGGGAGAUUCCUAUGCAACUUGCAGAAAAUCUUAUUUUCCUUUCAGUCCUAAACCUUGCCUUCAAUCAACUGGUGGGGCCGAUUCCGCAGAUCAAACAGUUCGCUACUUUUUCAGAAAGUUCGUACGUAGGGAACGAAGGAUUAUGUGGCUUUCCUCUUAAGAAUUGUAAUGCUGGCCACCGGACAGCACCAUCAGCAGCACCAGUUGGAUUUGAUUGGCAGUUCAUACUGACUGGGCUUGGCUUUGGGGUAGGAGCAGCAUUGUUUGUUGCUCCCCUGAUGUUUUGGGGGAAAGGAAGAAGAUGGUACAACAAAAGCACUGAUAAAAUUGUUCUCGUGAUUCUUACAAUGAUAGGAUUGUCUUACACGGGCAGCAAAGAUGGCAAGCUUGAGGUGGAGGAAGACAUUGAAGAUGACAGCAUAGAAGACUAUGAUGAUGAAGAUGAAACGGAAAAUGAAGAAUUUCGAGGGCGAUACUGUGUUUUUUGUUCCAAACUUGACAUUAGUAGGAAGAGGGUCAUCCAUGACCCCAAAUGUAUAUGCCGUAGCUCACCGCUGAUCUCCUCCUCUUCCUGUACAUCCUCGUCUUCUUCAUAGCUUGGUUGUGCCAUCAUCAAAGGACAUCUUUCUUCUCUCUCUCUCCUUUUUUUUUUCGCUCUUGUUUUAUCCAUAGAAUUCAUUUUUUUGUAUCUACCUAGAGAAUUAUCGACCCAAGAGAGAGAGGAUUAGUAGAUGAUCCAAACAUGUAACUGAGUAGCCCUUUCAGUUUAUGAUAUGGAAAGAAAGCAUGGCAGAGGCGUGUGGAAAAGCUUUCAGGAAUUCCGCAAUAAAGAGAAACAAUGAUUUCAUGUGAAGAGGUUUCAAUUAUUUUGAUUCAGAUUUUCGAAUGCAGACUUGUGUUCCAAAUUGGGUCUCUUAUCGAGAAAGAGAGCACAGCAAGAACCUAUUAUAAUAACCUCGACAAAUUAGCCCUCAAUUAUGAGAUACCCGAUAAUCCAAGCCAAGGAAGUCUUAUCUUAUUUGAAGAUUGAUAUUUAUAUUCCUUCACUCAACAACACAGGAAAAGUCUCCUACUAAUCCCAUUUUGUAGUAUCCUUGUCAUAUUUGAUUGCUACAACAUGCACUUAUCACUCUAUAAUCUGGUUUCCUUCUUAAGUACAGCCUCCCAAGGAACGUCCAAAACUAUCAUAUAGAUUCUCAUCAAUUUCCAUUCUACUGAAACUUUAUCUCUCCUCGUACUCUAUAUAUAUAACACCCACAGGCCACUUCCUCUAUGUUUCUCAUUUCCAUUCUACUGAAACUUUAUCUCUCCUCGUACUCUAUAUAUAUAACACCUACAGGCCACUUCCUCUAUGUUUCUCAGUGUGUGGUGUGGAGUGUGAAUGCAUUUGGUGGUACUGCUAUUUGUGAAAGUUGAGUUCAAAUCUUCCAUUCGCAGUGGGCAUCAUCAUUGGAAGGGUUAGCUGGACUUUAGGUAUGCUGUAAUUGAAAUUAUUUGUCAUUUAUUUGUUAUUUUUUAGAAGACUUGUAUUAAGAUUUUCUGUUUUGUGUUGAUAAUAUAUCAUUUAUUUGUGUUGAGAAGA